AUGCAGCGGGGCAAGCGCAAGUCGCCGUUUGUGGGCGGCAGCCAGCCUCUGGAUGGCGGCAUCCUGUACAGCCGCUACACCGACCUGUCUGCAGUGCUGAUGGAGGGGGAGGCAGCGCCGGCGACGGCGGCAGCGCCCACGGCAGCAGCCGGCAAGCAGGGAGGCAGCAAGGAGCGCAAGGCGGAGAAGAAGCAGAAGCGCAAGCAGCCGGAGGCGGGGGAGGAUGGCGGCGUGCCUCAGCCAGAGGUAGCCAAUGGCCACGCCACCGCUGGCGAGGAGCCUGCGGCGGCGGGCGGGGAGAAGAAGCAGCGCAAGAAGGCGCGGUGGAGCGAGGAGCAGAAGGCGGCGGCCAAGGCGGAGCGCGAGGCCGCUGCUGCGGCCAAGAAGGCCAAGCGGCAGGCGGCUGCCGCGGCGACAGCUACCGAUGCUGAAGCCGCCGGGGCAGAGGCUGGCGCCGAUGGUGCCAGCCCUGUGACUGGCAGCGGCGAGGAGGCUGCUGCGCCUGCGCCUGUGGCUGCCGCCGGCGAGGAGGCGGAGGGCGAGCAGGGCGGCAAGAAGAAGAAGAAGAAGAAGAAGAAGGCUGCGGUGGCACAGAAGCUGGCGCCCCAGGAGCGCGUGUCUGGGCCUGGCAACGCCGAGGAGGCGCAGCGCAUGCGGCAGGCCCUGGGCCUUGCCACGGCGGUGCCCCAAGCCCCCGCCGCAGCCCCGGCGCCAGCCGGCAAGCUGGCUUUCUCCUUUGGCUUUGGCGGCGCGGCGCCUGCCCAGCAGGCGGCGGGCAAGCCUGCCGCCCCUGGCGCCAAGAAGGCUGGGAGCAGCGACGACAGCAGCAGCGAGGAGGAGGAGGAGGAGGAGGAGGAGGAGGAGGAGAGCGGCAGCAGCAGCGACGAGGAGCAGGCGGCUGCCUCUCCCCUGACGGCCUCACCCCCGCGCAGGGCAGCCAGCAGCAGCGACAGCGACAGCGACAGCGACAGCGAAAGCGACAGCGAAAGCGACAGCGACGACAGCAGCGAGGAUGAGGAGGACGGGGAGGAGGAGGAGGCUGCAGCGACGCCCGGCAAGGCGGCCCCCGCUGCCGGCGAGGCAAGCAGCAGCGACAGCGACGACAGCAGCAGCUCUUCCUCCGACAGCGACGACGACGGCCCCACCCAGCAGGCGCAGCAGGAGGGCGAGUAUGUGCCGCGCCGCGUGUAUGUGGGUGGCAUGCCGUACGGUUACACAGAGGACCAGGUGGAUCUGGGAGUACUGGGGCUACUGCGGCGCCAUUGA